CCGACCUCCUGCAUUCCCCACUAGUCCCAACUCCCAACCACCGCCAGCCGUCCGCUCUCCGCAAGCGCGACCUUCCGGCCAGAUCCGCCCCGUUGCGCCGACGAGCGGUCCUUCUGCCUAGUUUCUCCGCGCAGCGAGCGGCGGGUUCCUCGGAGAUUCCCGCUGGCCGCGGGGAUCCAUUUGUGACUGCUCGCGUUGCGCGUGGAUCUGGUUUGGGACGGAGGAGUGAAACGCGACGGUGAUCGUGCGAGGUGGGGACGCCAUCAGUGCUCUGUCUGGGGUUCGGUCUGUUCUUCGACUGCAGAUCUGGAAGGGUUUCGUGGGAUCCGUCGCUACGAUCUGUCCCAGUCAGAGCACCUGCAUCAUCUCGGGUCGGGCCAUGGAGACUCUGCUCAUCUCGGAGGAGCGCAACCACCAGCUCCACCACUUCUCGGGUCGCCGGAAGAAGGCGUUAGCAGCGUCGCCUCAGUCCACGCGCAGCUACCAUGCUGGCAACUGCCGGGCGUUCCACUCCGGCAUCACCGUCGGCAUCCUGCCAUCCCCGCCCGCGCAGAGGGUUGCACUGACCCGCUCCUCUCCUGAGCCCAAGACACCGAAACAUCAGCUUCACCAUGGGAAAAAGCGCAGCCGAGCAAUCUCUAUAAACCUUUCGACGUCCCCUCCCUCUCGCCCUGAGCUCUGGGCUGGCCCGGGGUUCUGCAAUUCGCCGCCUCCCAGCUCCCUCCCGAUCCCCAAGUUCUCACUCCACCAGAAGCGCAGUGUCUCACUUGAAUUUCCACCUGCUGACCGGUCAGACGACGAAGAGGUGCCCGUGCAUGCCAAGUCGGCACCUUCAUCGCCGACUGCAGGCUCAGGUGUUACCUUCUUCAGUGGUACUGAUGCUACCAUUGCCACCGAGAAUCUGAGGAGGAUCCUUAACCUCAAAAUUGAGGAUAACUGAAUGGCGGUUGGGUAGUUCUGUGUACAUAGUUUAACUACAACUGACCUUUGUAGUAUGUAUAGGGUAACCGGGGAUAACCACUGUGUACCUGGCGGUGGUUCCUUCUGCAGCAGUACUGUAGGCGGUUAGCAAGCACAGCGAGGAGUUUAGGAAGUUUGGAAAUGCAGUGAGAAGGAUGUUGUGGUAAUGGAGAUUUGGUGGAUUUGCAUAUCACUGCAGUUUCAGAGUCACCUUUGUUCCUUGUACCUUGUAGUUGCCUAUUAGUAGUCCAAUACUCCAUUUAGAUGUUAUAGUAUUUGCAUCUUCCCUGCCCAUCAUUAACCAGUAGCCACAGCCUUCAUAUCAUAAUCCUUGUCAUGUAGUUCAUCUCAGGCAGGGCAUUGUAGGCUAGCUAGUACUGUUCAAGUUCUGUCAUAUAUGUAGUCUUCUGUAGGAUUGCUGCAUCCCUUGAAACUUGCAUUCUGUAUCACAUUGCAUCCUGCUGACUCACCUCCCUUCAUAACAUCUCCCUGUGUUAUGCAAAGCGCACAAGGAUCUCCCCUCUGGCACUUCUGUUUUUUGGAAUGAAGAUGCUCAGAGGAGUUGUUAUGAAGUCCCGAUCCAAUGUUCUUUGUCCUCCAUGUCUGUACUGACUUUAGCUAUUCAUCUCCUUUGUCACCCCAGUCCCAUUGCAUGUGCCAUCCAAUCCGUUUCGAACCAUUCAUCUCAAAAUUGCAUUUAGUGGUGGUUUUCCCUUCGUCUUAUUAUCUUUUGUGCCUCAUGAUCCUGGAGCAUGCCCAGGAUUCUAGUCUCCUCCAUGUAUUCUCAUAAAGGACUUCACGUAUCAGAGAUCUGCGAAUGCUCAACCCUGAAUAUGGUUUGCUUGUCCGAUGCCACUUCGCCUCAUCCAUACCUGGAGUUCAGAAUUGGCGAAGCACCUAUCACUUAGCUAUCUGUUUCAUAGUCAGUAUUGUGUCAGACUGUUGUUUUUGUGCAAUAUUUGAUUGGCUACUAGUCUGUUUGUGUUACUGUUCAAGUUUAUGGUAGUGAUCAUAUAUGGCGGCCGGAGUGUUCCACGCCGAUGCUGUGGCAUUCUGUUGCUUUCAAGUAAAACUAGUCAAUGUUAUGUACCUUCAUGUUAUUUUUUGGUCCUGUUUCUGUGACAUGUUUGAAGUUCCAUGUUAUCGCACUGUAUUUGCUCCCAA